CAUCGGCUCGUCGAUCAAGUUAGCCGCGUGGCGGGUGGCUGGCUCGUGCGCGCAUGCCGAACCCCACUUCCGUAAUGGGAAGCUGCAGGAAGCUUGGCCCCAAGUGUUCCGAAGCUUUUCUGGCGUGAAGUGAACAUUUACUCUUCACACAUCAGCCAGAGCAGCCGACACUGUCCCGCGGCGACAUGUCGACAGCACGCCUCCUUCGCCCGGCGAACAACUGUCUGCGAGCGGCGCAGUGCUCGAAGCGUGUCUACUCUACACCGUCUACACCGCAGACCUCACCCUUCGCGCCUAGACAUCUACUCUCCAUAGCCGAUCUCACACCAGAAGAGCUCACCAAACUCGUCCGCAAUGCCUCAGUCCACAAAGCGGCCGUCAAAUCCGGCAAGCCACUUGGCACGCUUCAAUCAUCGCUACUCGGCCAAACGAUCGCAAUGCUCUUCACCAAACGCUCCACCAGAACUAGAGUCAGCACCGAGGCCGCUGUCGCCAUGAUGUCCGGCCACCCCCUCUUCCUCGGCUCUCAGGACAUCCAGCUAGGCGUGAAUGAAUCAAUGUACGACACGUCAGUCGUAGUGUCUUCCAUGGUCGCUGGUAUCGUAGCACGAGUGAACGCACAUCAAGACGUCGCAGACCUGGCGAAGCACAGUAGCGUGCCAGUAAUCAAUGCGCUGAGCGAUCUGUACCAUCCCAUGCAGACCAUCGCGGAUUACUUGACCGUGCAUGAAGCAUUUGCUACGACGCAGACGUCGGGCAGUGAGAGCACGCUCGGGUUAGAAGGGUUGAAGAUAGCGUGGGUUGGGGAUGCGAAUAAUGUGCUCUACGAUCUUGCGAUCGGGGCAGCGAAAUUGGGGGUCGAGAUUGCGGUUGCGACGCCGAAAGGCUACGAAAUACCUGCAGAAAUGAAACAGAUCAUUGCAUCCUCCGCACCGAAAGGAACGUCCAGCCAGCUGCAAGAGACAAACGUACCGGAGGAGGCAGUGAGGAAUGCGGACGUCAUUGUUACAGAUACGUGGGUGUCGAUGGGCCAGGAAGAAGAGAAGGCCAAGCGUCUGCGCGACUUUGCUGGGUUCCAGGUCACGAAGGAUCUGGCGCAGAGAGGCGGGGCGAAAGAGGGUUGGAAGUUCAUGCAUUGUUUGCCCCGGCACCCGGAGGAGGUCAGCGACGAAGUGUUUUACAGUCCGGCUAGCUUGGUGUUCCAAGAGGCGGAAAACAGGCUCUGGGCGGCUUUGGCGGCCCUUGAAGGCUUUGUGGUGAACAAAGGCAAGAUUGUGUGAGAUCAUUUGUGGUAAGAGUUGUGCUUACAUGGCGCAUACGUGAUGUGGGCCGCAAGCGUCAUGGCGCAGCUAGAUUCGAGCGCGCCCAACGCCGUACUCCCUUGCCGUGAGGCGCGCCGUAGAAGCGGAAAUCCGCAGGAUUAGGAGAUCGCUUAACCGCGCAGUGGUUGAAUCCUCGGGAAGGUACUAGCUUGGUGGUAGUGAAGCAGUGUCAACGACAUCCUCCGCUUCCUUCUC